GCCAUUGAUCUAUACCAUAAAGCUCUCGGGCCUUGGAAGUGUGCUUUUUGCAUUCGCCAAUGACCUUGUUCGAAGUCCUCAGCUCUCCUCCAUGGGGUGGGUCUUGGUUUUCCUAGACCGGGGUCGGACCGGACGUUCAACCGGCCGAGUCGGGAACGAAUUCCAGUUCUGACCGGUUCUCUCCGCUCGCCGGUCCUGGACUGAAGAAUUCCCAGCUCGCAGCCUCUGUCUCUCUCGCCUCGCAAUUCUCCUGCCCAAACCCUAAUUUCAUGAUAAAUCUCGCUCCAAAUUCUUCUUCUCAACCCCCAAUUCCCUUCGCAUCUGAGUUGAAGUUCUCUUAGUCCGUGACAACGAAGUUCAAUCGUUCGGAUUGUCGGUGUGCCUCCACAAUUUUGCCGGUAAUUGCACGCGAAUCGGCCCUUCUUUGAAAAAUUCGGGGGCGAACGAUUGUCGGCGGAUUCGAUGAGUACUUACUAAUGACCGGUUCGGGUUCGCUGUCGAGACUCGUGGACUCUUUCCUUGAGGUGUUCUUCCGAGUUCGUUGCGUUUAGGAGUGUGGUUGAAGCGAAUUCUGGGUCUUCGUCGGCGAAAGUUCUUGUUUUGAAGCAACGGGGAUGGAUCAUGAUGUGUCUGAUAGCAGCAGCAGUACAGAUGACGACCUCCCUCCUCCGCACCGGAGCAGAUUCCAGAGAGGACAUACUACUGGAAAUGGAAGAUCUACAGUUUUAGGAACUGCGCCUUUACCCAGGAUACAUAACGACAUGGAAAAUCAGAUCUGCCAUAUUGAGCAAGAAGCUUAUUGUUCAAUACUUCGAGCCUUUAAGGCUCAAUCUGAUGCCAUUACUUGGGAUAAGCAGAGUUUGAUUACUGAACUUAGGAAAGAGCUGAGAGUGUCAGACGAGGAACAUAGAGAGUUUCUUUCCAAGGUCCAUUCGGAAGACAUUAUUCGGCGGAUAAGAGACUGGAGAAAAGCAAACGGGCUUCAACCAGGCAGGCCUGGUACUUCUCUGCCCAUCCAUGACCCUGCACCUGCACCUAGUCGCAAUCUUUCGGCAUCUCGCCAGAAACUGAAGACCACACAGUCUGUUGCUUCUUUGUCUACAUUUGCACCACCUCCGGCAAUACCGUCAUUACAACCAUCUCCGUCAGCAUUUAGACAAGGGUCUCAUCCAGGAGGCAGGAGUAAGAAGCCAAAAUCAGUGAGUUCUAUACUUGAUAUAGAAAACUCUACUGCAGGUGCUGGUGGAAGGCCUCAAGGUGCCAUUCGUGGCUUGGCAGCAAACUCUGAUUCACUGAUAGGCAAGAAAGUUUGGACUAGAUGGCCUGAUGAUAACAACUUCUAUGAGGCUGUCAUAACAGAUUAUAACUCAGUUGAGGGUCGCCAUGCAUUGGUCUAUGAUAUCGACACAGCAAAUGAAACAUGGGAAUGGGUUGACCUCAGAGAGAUACCUGCCUCAGACAUCCGGUGGGAAGGCAAUGACCAUGGAAUUUCUCAUAGAGGGGGCCGUCCUGCUGUCAGUCGGGGAGUCAAGAAGUCCACUUCAAAAGGCGGUGCUACUACUGCACUUGGAAGAGGUAAAGGGACAACAAAGGGACAGACUCGAAAGAAUCUUCCUUCAUCGCAAAGUGGCAUAGGCAGGAAGUCUGCGGACGAGAUUGAACUACUCGACACAGAUAUUCUAAUCAAGGAGGUGAUGAAAGUGCUAGAUGCAACGGAGCCGGAUGCGGCAUUGCUUGCGGAAGCGAAGAGGACUCUUAAGCAGCAGGAGAUGGACCUGGUUGAUGCGAUCUCCAGGCUUCAAGAUGCAUCCGAUGGUGAAAGUGAUGAAAAGGGAUUGUAGCCUCCCAAAAGGGCAGGAAAGUGGCAGUUUGGGACUUUGAGCACACCAAGUUCUGGAUCUGAUGGAGAGAACCAGAGACGGUGGUUUUCUCAACAUCCCAUAUUUUACUGAAAGCGCAAUUGCAUUUCAAGUCCCAGCCAGUUCAAACAAUGUCUGAGCCUGUAACCUUACUAGAGUUAGGUUUGGCUGACCUGUCAUUGUAAUUGAAUAUAAACUGAUUCCUUAGUCAGUUCCUCUGUACAGCUUCUUUCAUAAUCAUAUAAACUGUAUAUCAUUUCUACAUAA